AUGUCUCAACAAAAUAAAAAAAGAAAACCUAAAUAUCAAAAAAUUUCUUUACAAAUAAAAAACCAAAUUAUAGAUAAUGUUAAUAAUAAAGCAGCUUCAACUGUACAAAGUAUUAUCAAAGUUUUUGAUCGAGAAAAUCGAAUUGCUCCCAAAUCGCGAGGUGGUAACAAAAGAUCUAUUUUAAAUAAACAACAUAAAGAAUUUUUAGAAGCUGCGAUUGAAGAAGAACUAUAG